AUGGGUGGUGCCAUUUGGUCCAGAACAGAAAAUUUGAAGCAUCUAAGGCAUACACUGAAUGCUAUUCCACCACAAUCGAAAUGGCUUAAUUGGACCACCAAUAGACCUCCUGGAUUGUCUAUAACGGCAUAUUUGGAAAUAAUCCUCGUCUAUAGCGCGCGCAAAAAGUCUAAUGACAUCAUUUUGAUCAACAAUUGGAAGGAAACUGAGACUAAAUAUAUGCAGUACCUGUCAUCUAUAACCAAUAAGAAGAUUUUAAGUGUUGGUCCACUCAUAGGGCAAACUGAUGAAAGCAUUCAGGAUGAUCAGGAUUCCGACAUCAUUGAAUGGCUCGACAAGAGAGAUCCAUUUUCAACUGUCUAUGCAGUAUUUGGAAGUGAAAGCGUCUGGUCAACGGAAAAUAUUCAAGAGAUUGCUCAUGGAAUUGAGUCAAGCAACGUAAACUUUUUAUGGGUACUUAGGUUUCCAGGGAGCGAAGUCGAACAAGUUUUACCUGAGGGGUUUCUGAGUAGAGUUAAGGAGAGAGGAAUGGUUGUUUCAAGAUGGGUACCUCAUGCCAAAAUUAUGAGACACACAAGUAUUGGCGGAUUCUUGAAUCACUGUGGUUGGAAUUCUACAGUUGAGUGUAUACAUUUUGGGGUUCCACUUAUAGCCAUGCCAUUUAAUAUGGAUCAGUUUAUAACUGCAAAUUAUGCAGUUGAACAUGGCAUGGCAUUGAAAGUUCAGAGAGAUGAAAAAGGAGGGCUGAAAAGAGAGGAGAUAGCAAAAGCCAUAAGAAAUGUCAUAAUGGAGAAGAAGUUGGGAGAAGAACUGAGCAAGAAAUCAAAGGAACUAAGUGAGAAAAUAAGAUUAGAGGAAGAAAAAGAGAUUAAUCAAGAAGCUGUGGAGGAACUUCGGAACCUUUGUUUGAUGAAUAAGAAAGAGAAAAGUAUUUAA